UUAUUUUUUACGCCUUGGGGAGUAUCAGCCCUCCGGCAGUCCGGCCUUUGAGCUCGUGAUCCCUUUCUAGACGGACAGACGGUGGAGGAGUAUACCGUAUACGGCGGUAUUGGAGGCUGGAAUGGCGGUUCCGGCUAUGUGACUUCCGAACAGGAGAGACACUAACGCGAAACCGCCACAGGGUUCCGCCGGAGAACAUUCUGCAUUGGCCUUCAUUGUUUUUUCAAUUAUCAACUCGAUCUCUUCUGAUUCUUCUUCUUUGCUCAGAAUCCUGUGAAAGUGUGAUUGAUAUGAUCACCAUAAUGUUGAUGAAGAGCAUUACAAGGGAGAUGAAAGAUGUGAAGGGGGGGAAAAGAAGGAUAGGGCAGGAAGGGAGGCAAUGUCAAAGCAGGGGCUGCAAUCACAUCCCCCGGCCCGAUCCAUUGCCGCUUGAUUCAGUUGAACAGAGGAAUUGGGAAUAUUUACCACCAGAAUUGCUCUUAGAUAUAAUUCAGAGGGUUGAAAAGAGUGAGACAUCAUGGCCAGGUAGGAGUGCAGUUCUGGCUUGUGCUUCGGUUUGUAAGUCAUGGAGAGAAAUCACUAAGGAGAUUGUGAAGACUCCUGAGGAAUGUGGGAAGAUUACCUUCCCCAUUUCACUUAAACAGCCGGGGCCCCGUGAAUUUCCUAUCCAAUGCUUCAUUAAAAGGGAUAGAUCUACCUCAACUUAUCGCCUCUACCUUGGUUUGACUCCAUCUAAGGAUGGGAGUGAUAAACUACUUCUAGCAGCAAAAAGAAUAAGAAGGUUAACAGGCACGGAAUUUGUGAUAUCAUUGGUUGCAGAUAAUUUUUCACGAUCCAGCAAUACAUAUGUUGGGAAACUGAGGUCUAACUUCCUUGGCACCAAGUUCACUAUAUAUGAUAGCCAAUCUCCAUAUCCCAUUGGAGCUCAGCCCAACAAUCAACGAAGAAAAAUAUUCAAUGCCAAUAAAUUCUCUUCUGGAUCAUCUACGCGCAAUCACAGUGUCUCAACUAUUACUUACAAACUCAAAAUUCUUCGCACCAAAGGGCCUAGGAGAAUGCAAUGUGUCAUGCAUUCUAUUCCGUUAUCUUCUAUUCAGGAGGGGGGCACAGCUCCAACGCCGACAUCUUUGCCACUAUCAUUCGGCAGUAAGUAUACUCCUCCACCGGUAUCAAAAAUUAAGGAGCCAGUGACAGAUUCCAAUUCCCCCAGCCUUUUAGGUUCACGAGUGUCACCGCCAUCAUCUCCACCUUCUCAAGUUCCACUUACCAUGAAAAACAAGGUCCCUAAAUGGCACGAAGAUUUACAAUGCUGGUACCUAAAUUUCAAAGGUCGUGUUACAGUGGCUUCUGUUAAGAAUUUUCAGCUUAUUGCCGCGGUUGAUCCCUCUCAUAAUACCGCACAAACAGAUCAAGAGAAGGUAAUCCUGCAGUUUGGGAAAAUUGCGAAAGAUACUUUCACCAUGGAUUAUUGCUUCCCUCUUUCAGCCUUCCAAGCUUUUGCAAUCUGCUUGACUAGCUUUGACGUGAAACCAGCAUGUGAAUGACCUUCAAUCCUUCAUGUUUAUUGUAAAUCAUCAUACUUUUCCACCUGUUCCUAUGGCUCCAUAAAAUUCAAUUUAAUUUGUAUUAUGUCU